AUAUUGUUGGCAUUCGACAACUGAGUCCCAGUUGUCAUACAGUAAAACAUAUUCAUUUAUACAAUAAUAAUACAAACACAACAGAUUGAAAUAGACGAUUGCAGCCGUUAGAUUUUCACUAACUUUUUUUUUUUGUUGUUUUCUGUCGUGGAGUCUUCACUCGCCCAGGUCAUGUGCUGCAAGUCCAUCGAUAUAACCGCCAAGACGGGCAGCGGCUCGGCGCUGAUUUCGGUGCGCCAGAACGAGCUGAUUAGCAACCUGCGUGCCCUGGUGGCGGUGCGCUUCGAGCAGGCCAUCGACUACGUGGUGCUCGUCUUUGGCGGACACGUGCUGCGCGACGUGGGCACCAUCGAUAGCCACGGCAUCAUCUCGGGCGUCACGGUUCAUGUGAUCUUUCGCCAGCUAAUUAAGGAGCCGUCCGACGAGCACGACGACAGCAAUGCCAACGGCAUCGACAACGAAAAAAACACUUCAGCUGACACCUCGUCGUCAGCGAACAACCGCAACUGGACUUCGAGAGCCAACGACCUAUUGAAGCCGCUGCUAGAGGAUAUCAACUUAUUGCGCGAUCUGCUGCAGGCGGAUCCGCGCAUCAAGGCCUUGAUCGAUGAGAAUACAACGUUUCGCCACUUUAUGAGCAGUGAUCGCAAUUUGCGUGAUCUCUUCUCCACCAUCUUCAAUCCGGCCAAGGUGCAGGAGCUGGGUCGCAAGCGCGACCUGCACAUCAUGCGCAUGGAAUGGGUGCCGGGUGGCUAUAGCCUGAUGAAUAAGCUUAGCCGUUUCUUGCGCCAGGCACACGAGGACAACGUGGCCAUGAACUACUUGGAGGCGGAGCCAUCCAUCUGCAGCGAUUAUCCACAGCGUGGACGCGAAAAUAGGAUGCCGCUGCCCAAUCCUUGGCGCGUCGAGCCCAAGCCGGAACCGAUCCCAACGAAUACUACUGACAAUGAAGAAUAUACGGUGGAGGAUCUAGCGCGGCAAUGUGAGCGCAUGAUGGAGUCCCUAAAGUUGGGCGACAUCAACAAAACGAUCGAGCUUGCACGUCAACUAAAUGAGAUGGCGGACUCAGCACAAAUUGAACUGAACCCCCGAAUGCGACUCAACACCGCCAAGCAGGGCGAACCACAGCCAGCUCCAGCUGCAGUGGCUGUGGCUAUUCCGACUCGAGCUACUCCGGCUCGAGCCACUGCGGCUAGUGCUGCACCGUCCGCAGCAGCGUCCAUCAAUCUCUUCGACUUUAUGUCCAGCAACGACAGUCGCUGGGAGCAGCGCUACCAAUCGCAGCUGCGCCACCUGAGCACCUUGGGGCACACCGAUCGACAGCGCAACAUCUGCGCCCUGCUGAUGUCCGCUGGCAACAUACAGACGGCUGUCAAGCUUUUGGAGCAGUGGAAUCGCUAGUACACAAUCAUCAAUUGAAUCAAGCAUCUGACAAAUUAACACACUCAUGUUUCACAAUAGUUCUCAAUUUUAGCAUUGGCUCUGUAUCCGUCAUUCGAUAGUCGAAUAAUUGCAAUAGCAUUCAAA